ACUUCUGGGUCGCGGUGUUAAAAGCUGUAUGUUUAGUUUUUUCUCCUCUUUGUUUGGAGCAACAGCUUGAAUAUUAGCACUUGUUGUACCCGUUAGCAGCCUCACAGAUGGACGCGGUACACAGACACCGCUCACUGUAUAAAGGAACCACUCCGCCGUGGAAGGAAACGUUCAGGAAGCGCUGCGUGGACAGGCUGAAGAACAGCCGCUCGAGGCUCCUGGACAGAUACCGUCAGAGUGCAGAGCUCCACCCCUCUUCCUCCUCCUCCUCCUCCUCCUCCUCUACCAUCGUGCAGGAGGUGAUGGAGGAGGAGUGGAGCUUCCUGCAGGAGGAGGACCGGAGGCUGCCCUCUCUUUGGGGGCCCGACGGCCGAGCAGAGACGUUGGGGCUCAUGCAGGAGUACGAUGAACUGUCAGUGCUGGAGGAGAUCCAACAGGAGCUCAGAUCUCAAGAACUGUCCAUCCUUGAGGAGCUGGAGAGGAACGUUCAGAUGGAGCAGCAGUACAUCAGCUGUGUGGUGGAGGGCAUGCAGGAGCAGAGACUCAUCAUCUGCCCCCUGUGUCACAUGAACAACUUGAACAUCAACUGCCAUUUUGUCUCCUGCUGCUGUGGACUGUACAUCGACACUAAGAACCAGAACAUCACCCCGGACCUCCUGCAGAGUCUCCUGGAGGCCCGGGUGUCGGAGCACAUGGAGGAUUGUCUGCAGAACCCUGUGUUCUCUGUCGCCCCCCCCACUGACGGCUCCCCCAGCCUGAUGAUCAGCUGCAAGGUGUGCGACUACCUGUCCAUCGUCCUGUGACUGUGACUACCUGUCCAUCGUCCUGUGACUGUGACUACCUGUCCAUCGUCCUGUGACUGUGACUACCUGUCCAUCGUCCUGUGACACUUAUGAAUUCAUUGAUUUGUACUAUUUGUAUAUUUUGUGUAAUAAAGACUAUUUAUUUUAUAUA